AUGAUUGUUCCAUCAUCAAAUAAUAGUGAAGAUUAUAUAUUAAUGUCAAAACAACAAAAUGAAAAUAUUCCAAAUAAAUCAUGUAAUUCUAUUAAUUCUAAGUAAAUUAAAUUAUGAUUUUAUUUUUUCUGUUAAACAAGUUAAAUCAAUAUUUAUUAUAGAAAUAAACCUUU